GACAGCAGUAGCUUUUUACACUCUGAAGAAAGAUGUUCCUCGCACUGAAAACGGGUUCUUCCAUUGGGAUCCUCAUUUUUCUGAUGGUUCAUUUGGCAUAUCCUGAUAAUGUCUGCCAGCAGGAUGAGACGUGCGUCAGACUGCAGGAUUGCCCACAAGUGUAUGUCGCUGUGAAGACGAACAGAUUGUCCAGGGCCACAAAAAGGGAAAUUUUGAACAACUGGCGAUGUGGCUCCAGUGUUCGAAAGCAGAAACUUCACCAUAGAACCAUCUGCUGUCCCGAACCCGCAGACAUCUUGCCCCGACUUUCGGCUUGCGGACAAAUGAAAAUGACUUUCCGGAUUAUGGGUGGCACGGAGCCGGAUCUCAACCAAUACCCCUGGCUGACCAUGCUUCUUUAUCGGAACCUCUCCACUCCACGUCGGAAACUAGUCCCCGGAUGUAGUGGCUCCCUGAUCAACACUCGCUAUGUCUUGACUGCAGCCCACUGUGUAACCAAUGCGAACAUGAAUCUCCGACGAGUCCGCCUGGGCGAGCACAACACGUCCCAAAACCCGGACUGCAUCAACGUGGGCGCAUCGAGGCGCUGCGCUCCCCCCCAUCUGGACAUCGACGUGGAAUCGGUCACGAGCCAUGAGGACUACGACCCUGCCAAGUUCACGUUGCACAACGACGUCGCCCUGGUGCGACUCCAAGUGGCAGUGCGCUAUACGGUCGCAGUCCAUCCGAUUUGUGUUCCGGACGACCACAUCUCCCAGAGGAACUUCAAGUUUCGUGUGGCUGGCUGGGGAAGAACGGGCAUGUCCAGUGAUGGCAGCGACGUAUUGCAGCACGCUUUACUCAAGGAACAGAAUCCAAGAACGUGCUCACAAUUCUACGCGCACUGGCACUUCCAGCCCCAAUCCCAGAUAUGCGCCGGUGGGUUGGAUGCGAUGAGCACCUGCGACGGCGACUCUGGCAGUCCAUUGAUGGGCAUCGCUGGUCGCGGCUACGACGAAUACACGUUUUUGGCCGGCAUUGUUUCAUACGGACGUUCUUGCGGACAGUCUGCCUACCCAGCAGUUUUCACACGAACUGCCACGUUCUUCAAAUGGACACUGGAACACUUAAAGCCUUAGA